AAGAAUCAGAAUUCUGAAGGCUGAAAUUUUUUGUACGAAUUUGCUGUAUUUUUUGUUUUCAAUUUGCAGCAGUUGAUGGUCGGUUUGGGGUCCAUCUCCCAUCACAAUAUUCCUUGUAGUAUUUGAUAAAUUUUGUAUAUCCGUGAGAUAGAAAUGAACACGAGACCAAACACGAAUUACCCGUCCUAGUUUGGGGUCCAUUUGCCAUCACCGAAUUUCUUGUUUGUUUAAUCUUUAUGCUUAACCAAAAAGUAAAAAAAAAGCUUCAAAUUUUGUGCUUUGUUGUGCUUUGUAGCAAUUUGUUUACCAAAAAUGCUAAUUAUUCUUUCACCCUUUUUGCUGUAAUGAUGCACUCAACUGGCUGAUUUUGUGGCCCUUCUUCUUCUCUAUCUUUCUAGUUUUCUGCUACCAGUUCUUCUUAUCUUUUUCUGCAACUUUUUUUUUAUAUAAUUUUUUUUUUGUUUUAUUUUUCUGGGAUUUGAAAAAGACAUUGAUGUUUGUAAUGCUUCUAGUUCAAGCAAAGGUGAUUCUUUUAAUUUCUAAACACCCAUAAAAACAAACAAAAAAUCAUCCAGAAAAUUAUUUUAGCUUCUAAUUUAAGCUAAACCUCAAAAAACCCAGAUUUUUUUAUUUUGUUUUUGAAUUUUACACUCAAAUCUUCAAACUAAGCUAAAUCAAUCCAAACCCAGUUUUUAUUUUGAACCCAAAUCAUCUGAUACUUCAUUAGUUGAUGUUUUUGAAGCUUUUGUUCAAUACAAAAAUGGCUGAUUUAAGCUAAGGAUAAAAAAACCCAGAUUUUUUAAACACCAAAUCUUCAAAUUGAAGCAAAACUAUCCCAAACCUGUUUCAAUUUUGAACCCCAAAUCAUCAAAUUUUAGUUUAGUCGAUGAUUUAAGAGUGUUUUUGAAGCUUUUGUUUGGUGCAAAAAUGGCGGAUAUUGGAAGGUCAGGGUCAUGGAGAGAGGAACUAGCUAGCUUAGUAGAUGACGGGAUUAGAUACAAUAAUGACAACAAUAAUAAUGGAGAUCCAUUUAUAGCAGCAGAAAUUCCAAAAGAAAGCAGGCAUUUCAAUUUUGAUGCUCAUUUUGGAGGAGAGAGAAAAGAGGAAGAGGAGGAUUGGAAGGAUCAGAUCAAAGGUUUUGCUAAAGCUUGGGGUGAAUUAUUGUUAGACCUUUCAAGAGGGUGUAAAGAUAUUGUUCAACAGAGUUUAGUGGCUGAGGAUUCUUAUUUUGUUCAGAAUUUUGGACCGCCUUUGGCCAAGAUUUCUAGUAGAUUAUGUUUUUUGAAUGAUUAUCUGCCUGAGGAUCGACACCCGGUUCAUGCUUGGCCUAUCAUUUUUUUCGUUUUCCUUCUCGCUCUUGCAGUACUGAAUGUAAAUAAUGCACACGAUAAUCCGGCUCCUAUUGUGAAGAAAAUGCUUAUACAUCCUCCUUGCGCUAGCACUAUACUGCUUCCAGAUGGUCGGAAUGUAGCAUACCUUGAACAGGGUUUGCCAGGCAAUAGAGCUAGAUUUACACUGAUUUCUCCGCAUGCUUUUCUUUCUUCCAGACUUUCAGGUAUACCUGGAAUUAAGGCCUCCUUACUGGAAGAGUUUGGCGUACGUAUGAUAACAUAUGAUCUACCUGGUUUUGGUGAGAGUGACCCUCAUCCGUCAAGAAACCUCAACUCAUCAGCCAUGGAUGUGCAGGACCUGGCCAAUGCUUUGGGUGUGAAAGAUAAGUUCUGGGUUUUUGGAUACUCUAGUGCAGCGAUGCAUGCAUGGGCCGCAAUCAAGUACAUGUCAGACAGGGUUGCAGGUGCGGCAUUUGUUGCUCCAAUGGUGAAUCCUUAUGAAUCGAGCAUGACAAAGGAAGAGACAAGUAAGACAUGGGAAAGAUGGGAGCAAAGAAGGAAGUUCAUGUUCUCCACAGCUAGGAGAUUCCCAAGCUUUCUUUCUCAUUUUUAUCGUCGAAGCUUCUUUUCCGGAAAGCAUGGUUCACUUGAGAAGUGGUUCUCCCUGAAACUCGGUGAAAAAGAUAAGGCUCUGAUAGAAAAGGCGAGUUUUGAAGAAUUUUGGCAAAGGGAUGUAGAAGAGUCAGUGAGACAAGGACGUAUGAAAUCAUUCAUUGAGGAAGCCGUGUUACAAGUGUCAGACUGGGGUUUCAGCCUUGCAGACUUACAGAUAAGGAGGAGGUGUCCGGGUAAAGGCAUCCUUCCAUGGCUCAAAUCCAUAUACGGGCAAGCUGAAUGUGAAUUAACUGGAUUUUCAGGGCCAAUGCACAUAUGGCAGGGGUUGGAUGAUCAUGUUGUACCACCAUCAAUGGCACAAUACAUCAGCCGCACACUACCAGGCGCUACAUUGCAUCUGCUUCCAAGUGAAGGUCACUUUUCUUACUUAUACUUCUGCGACGAGUGUCACAGACAGAUACUAUCCACACUUUUUGGAGAUCCACUGGGUCCAUUUGAUAAUACUACAGUUCAACAAGAUACUACACAAGAAGAACAAGAUACAGAUCAGUCUUUGGCUAACACAAUUGAACAAGAGGCAUCUACUGCUAAUGCCGCACAAGAAUGAGACUUCAUACCAUAUCUUUUUUUUUUUUACUCUUUUACCUUCUUGUUCAACACUUUCAGAAUUUUUACUGUGACAAUAGCAACAUUGUAAAUAUGCUAGCUUUGCUCUACUAGGUUAAAUUGCUAUCUUCACCGAGGAUUCAUCGUAAUAUUAUUCAGAGAUGGAUCAUUUUGGUUCAUGCUGAUCUCAA